CCUCCUCUCCGGGUCUCUCUCCUCUUCUCCUCCCAGCUCUCCUCUCUCGAGCCAAAGCAGCUGCCGAUAUCGCCGGCCACCGACGCCCGGGGCACAGCAGCCAGCCGAGCGGCGCGGAUAGCUGCACGCGACGCAGAACAGCACCCGAGGGUCCAGCUCGCGGUGGCCGUGCCUAGCCUUCUCUUUGCAGCGCCCGACACGCUGAAGACCCCAAACAGAAGAUAGCCGGGUACCACCGAGCUGAUGGCGUCUUCGACCCCUUCUUCGUCCGCAACCUCCUCGAACGCGGGAGCGGAUCCUAAUACAACCAACCUGCGCCCUACAACCUAUGACACCUGGUGCGGCGUGGCCCACGGAUGCACCAGAAAACUGGGGCUGAAGAUCUGUGGCUUUCUGCAGAGGACCAACAGCCUGGAAGAGAAGAGUCGCCUUGUGAGCGCCUUCAAAGAGAGGCAGUCCUCCAAGAACCUGCUUUCCUGUGAAAACAGUGACCGCGACACCCGCUUCCGUCGCACUGAGACCGACUUCUCCAACCUGUUUGCCCGAGAUCUGCUUCCAGCUAAGAAUGGGGAGGAGCAGACCGUGCAGUUCCUGCUGGAGGUGGUGGACAUACUCCUUAACUAUAUCCGCAAGACGUUUGAUCGCUCCACCAAGGUGCUGGACUUCCACCACCCACACCAGUUGUUGGAAGGCAUGGAAGGCUUUAACUUGGAGCUCUCUGACCAUCCUGAGUCCCUGGAGCAGAUCCUGGUCGACUGUCGGGAUACACUCAAGUAUGGUGUUCGCACAGGUCAUCCUCGAUUUUUCAACCAGCUCUCCACUGGCUUGGAUAUCAUUGGCUUAGCUGGUGAAUGGUUGACAUCAACUGCCAACACCAAUAUGUUUACGUAUGAAAUUGCACCAGUGUUUGUCCUCAUGGAGCAAAUAACACUUCAGAAGAUGAGGGAGGUCAUUGGGUGGUCAAGCAAAGACGGUGACGGGAUAUUUUCUCCCGGGGGAGCCAUAUCCAACAUGUACAGCAUCAUGGCAGCUCGCUACAAGUACUUCCCAGAAGUGAAGACACAGGGCAUGUCGGCUGUUCCCAAACUGGUCCUCUUCACCUCAGAGCACAGUCACUAUUCCAUAAAGAAAGCCGGGGCAGCACUUGGCUUUGGAACAGACAAUGUGAUUUUGAUACAGUGCAAUGAGAGGGGGAAGAUAAUUCCAGCUGAUUUAGAGGCAAAGAUUCUUGAAGCCAAGCAAAAGGGGUAUGUUCCUCUCUAUGUCAAUGCAACUGCUGGCACAACUGUUUAUGGAGCUUUUGAUCCCAUCCAAGAGAUUGCAGAUAUAUGUGAGAAAUACAACCUUUGGCUGCACGUGGAUGCUGCCUGGGGUGGUGGGCUGCUCAUGUCUAGGAAGCACCGCCAUAAACUCAGUGGCAUAGAAAGGGCCAACUCAGUGACCUGGAACCCUCAUAAGAUGAUGGGCGUCCUGCUACAGUGUUCGGCCAUCCUGGUCAAGGAAAAGGGCAUACUCCAAGGAUGCAACCAGAUGUGUGCAGGAUACCUCUUCCAGCCAGACAAGCAGUAUGACGUUUCCUAUGACACUGGAGACAAGGCCAUUCAGUGUGGCCGCCAUGUGGACAUCUUCAAGUUCUGGCUGAUGUGGAAAGCAAAGGGCACUGUGGGAUUUGAAAAUCAGAUCAACAAAUGCCUGGAACUGGCUGAAUACCUCUAUACCAAGAUUAAAACCAGAGAAGAGUUCGAGAUGGUUUUCGACGGUGAGCCUGAGCACACAAACGUCUGUUUCUGGUAUAUUCCACAAAGCCUCCGUGGGGUUCCUGAUAGCCCUGAGCGACGGGAAAAACUACACAGGGUGGCUCCCAAGAUCAAAGCCCUGAUGAUGGAGUCUGGCACGACCAUGGUUGGCUACCAGCCUCAGGGGGACAAAGCCAACUUCUUCCGGAUGGUCAUUUCCAACCCUGCUGCCACUCAGUCUGACAUCGAUUUCCUCAUCGAGGAGAUAGAAAGGCUGGGCCAGGAUCUGUAAUCCCUUUGCAGGCCAGGAGCUUACGGCCAUCCCCUUUUCCCUCUGGCACCCUAGCACAAAUCUCUGUCCUUUGCUGACACCCCUAGGCCAUUUCAUUGGAGGACAUUAUAAUAUCUUGAAGAAUACAACCUCACUUAAGCUUGUUUGUUAGAGUUAACAAGACAUAAUUUUUUUUUUUUAAAAAAACAAGUUGCACAUUAGGACUGCAGUAUAAAUGUACAGUUAUAUAUACCUCUCUCCCUCCUCUCUCUCUCUCUCUCUCUCUCUCCAUAUAUAUAUAUAUAUAUAUAUAUAUAUAUAUAUAUAUAUAUAUAUGGUGUGGCUUAGUCCUAGAGUUCUAGAUCACAGCAUGUCUCUCACCCCCUGAGAAUUAGCUUCACCCCAGCAGUUACUGAGGGACUAACCAUCUGCAAAUCAGCUUGCCAGCAACCAUAGAGCAGGUGGCUUUCCCACUGCUGUGUCCUAGAGACCUCCCUGUCAGUGUGUCUCCCACCUGAAGGGUGGUGGGAAGAAAAGACACUGAGGGCUAACAAGAGUCUCGCCCUCCCCAUUAGUAAAUGUAGCAGAAUCUUUGUCACGGGUGUACCACUGCUGCGUUCUUAGAGGUUCACUUAUGUAGACUGUGUAUAUUACUAUUGUCUGACCUUGGGGGGGGGGGACACAUGUAAUGAUUUCCAUAACUGUUUCAUUGUAGAUCAGUGAAAUAUUUGCUUAUUUAUAUUCAGAGAUUUACCACGUUAAAGAGGCAUCUUGUAUUUUCUUCUCAUUUGUAAUGUAUCUUAUUUAUAUAUUAAUGAAGUAAGUUCUGAAUACUGUUUAUGGUAUUUUCGUGUAUUUGUGAGCCAAAGAGAAAAGAUGAAAAUUAGUGGGAUUUGCAUUUAUAUUAGAGUGCCCUUAAAAUAAUGAUUUAAGCGUAUGUGUGCUGUCUGUGAAAUAAUUCCGAUACUGCGCAUAGUCAUACAUAUGGAAACCCUGUUCUUCAACAGUCCCUGCUUUUGCUCCUACCCUGUCUGGCUGUAUGUUGGGUGUUCUCAAUGCUUUUUUUAGUAACUAUUGAAUAAUAACUAGAUCUCCUGUAAUUUUGUAGUAGUCCAUGACCAAUCUCUGUGACUUGCUUAGCUGAAACCUAAGGCAUUGUUUCUGAAGACCUUCUGAAGAUCUCUGAUAAACUGACCAGUCUCACCACUGUUUUUGAAAAUGAAAUCCACACUGUGCGUUUUAGAGUAUGCAAGAAGAAUAUAAACAAAUAAAAAUAUUCUCCAUGGAGAAUCUGAACAAAA